GAUGUGUUUAAGAGACGACUCUUGGAAAGAAUCGGCUCUCCGCUGGGCGCCCAACCGGAAUCAUGUCGAGUUUGGCGGUGAGAGACCCGGCGAUGGAUCGGUCACUGCGUUCCGUGUUCGUGGGGAACAUUCCGUAUGAGGCAACCGAGGAGCAGCUGAAGGACAUUUUCUCGGAGGUCGGGUCUGUGGUCAGUUUCCGGCUGGUGUACGACCGGGAGACGGGCAAGCCCAAGGGCUAUGGCUUCUGCGAGUACCAGGACCAGGAGACCGCGCUGAGCGCCAUGCGCAACCUCAACGGGCGCGAGUUCAGCGGCCGGGCGCUGCGGGUGGACAACGCGGCCAGCGAGAAGAACAAGGAGGAGCUCAAGAGCCUGGGGCCCGCGGCGCCCAUCAUCGACUCGCCCUACGGGGACCCCAUCGACCCGGAAGACGCCCCCGAGUCCAUCACCAGGGCGGUCGCCAGUCUGCCCCCCGAGCAGAUGUUCGAGCUCAUGAAGCAGAUGAAGCUGUGCGUGCAGAACAGCCACCAGGAAGCGCGAAAUAUGCUGCUUCAGAACCCCCAGCUGGCCUAUGCGCUGCUGCAGGCCCAGGUGGUGAUGAGAAUAAUGGACCCGGAGAUUGCUCUGAAAAUCCUGCACCGCAAGAUCCACGUCACCCCGCUCAUCCCGGGCAAAUCUCAGCCCGUGUCCGGCCCCGGCCCCGGCCCGGGGCUGUGCCCGGGACCCAGUGUCCUGCUGAACCAGCAGAACCCGCCAGCCCCUCAGCCGCAGCAUAUGGCCAGACGGCCAGUGAAAGACAUUCCUCCUCUGAUGCAGACCCCUAUCCAGGGCGGGAUCCCAGCCCCGGGGCCGAUGCCAGCUGCGGUUCCCGGACCCGGGCCUGGUUCCCUAACUCCCGGGGGAGGAAUGCAGCCCCAGGUUGGGAUGCCGGGCGUCGGCCCAGUGCCUUUAGAGCGGGGACAGGUGCAGAUGUCGGAUCCCCGAGCUCCUCUACCUCGUGGACCCAUGACUGCCGGUGGCCUGCCUCCUCGAGGGCUGUUAGGAGAUGCUCCAAACGACCCCCGUGGAGGGACUCUGCUUUCAGUCACUGGGGAGGUAGAGCCCAGAGGCUAUCUUGGCCCACCUCAUCAGGGCCCCCCCAUGCACCACGCCUCUGGUCACGACGGCCGGGGCCCUUCCUCCCAUGAGAUGAGGGGAGGGCCAUUAGCAGAUCCCAGACUGCUAAUUGGAGAGCCCAGAGGACCCAUGAUAGAUCAAAGGGGUCUCCCAAUGGAUGGCAGAGGAAGUAGAGAUUCUCGAGGGAUGGAGACUCGAGCCAUGGAGACGGAAGUCUUGGAGACCCGAGUAAUGGAGAGAAGAGGAAUGGAGACCUGUGCAAUGGAAACCAGAGGGAUGGAAUCGAGAGGCAUGGAUGGAAGAGGAAUGGAGCUAAGGGGCCCUGGCCCCAGCUCCAGAGGCCCUAUGACUGGUGGAAUCCAGGGUCCUGGUCCCAUUAAUAUGGGGGCAGGUGGUCCUCAGGGACCCAGACAGGUCUCGAGCAUUUCAGGGGUGGGAAAUCCUGGAGCGGGCAUGCAGGGGGCAGGCAUACAAGGAACGGGCAUGCAGGGGGCGGGCCUACAAGGAACAGGCAUGCAGGGGGCGGGCAUACAAGGAACGGGCAUGCAGGGGGCGGGCAUACAAGGAACGGGCAUGCAGGGGGCGGGCAUACAAGGAGCAGGCAUGCAGGGGGCGGGCAUACAAGGAGUGGGCAUGCAGGGGGCGGGUAAGCAAGGUGGAGGCCAGCCGAGCAGUUUUAGCCCUGGGCAGAGCCAGGUAACUCCGCAGGAUCAAGAGAAGGCAGCUCUGAUCAUGCAGGUUCUCCAGCUGACUGCAGAUCAGAUCGCCAUGCUGCCUCCUGAGCAAAGGCAGAGCAUCCUGAUUUUAAAGGAACAAAUUCAGAAAUCUACUGGAGCUUCUUGAAAGGUCUUAGACAGUGUUUGGCAGUAUUCUCAAAGUUUUUGUGUAGCAUGGAGAAUGGGUGCAAAAAGCUGACCGCUGCAUCCCCACACUUGAAUGAUUAGGGUUUCCCUCCCAGAACCUUAUUUCAUCUUGUUGUCUUUGUAUUUUUCUCCGUUUUCCUUUUUCUUUUAAUGGGGGUGGGGGUUGGGGGGAGUGGGUCUGUUCACUUUUAUUCACUGUAAAUAUACAAAAAUAACUCUGGACAUGGUUAUAUUCUACCAAAUACGAUUACAAAGAAUAAGCAAUAUUAAAAGUGUCUACGGUAUGUUAACUACAUUUUUUAAAUAUUGGGUAAAACAAUGUGACAACUGCACAUAAUACUAAAAUAUGACUUGUUAAGCUGGUAAUGUACUAAGAUAGUUUAAGAUUCUUGGUUGUGUAAGAAAAUAAAGAAGUUUACCUCAAAAUUAGAAGAUACAUUUUUUGGUAAGCCGUUUAAAAUACAAAAUCCUAUUUUGGGGUCAGUAAGAAUGCUGUCCUAGGUUAAACAUUGUGAGAGUGUUUUGGAGUAUUUCAAAAUGUUAGUGCUAACAGGGUAAGUCUCAACUUGCGGUAUCAGAAUUGUUUUUUUCCUAAAGCUAUGCUACCUGAAAAAUCCAGGAAUGUACCUGGUGUGGCGUUGCAUCAUCUAACCGGAGACGAGCAAUAUUGUGGCCUGGCCUGGAGCCUGAUGACUUUGCUGGGACAGUUCUGGGAUCAGCCCGGUUACCGAAGUCGGUCUCAGUACCUUCCCGUUUCUCCCUAGUUUUCGAGCCCUGAAUAUGAAUCUAAGUAAUCCUCUCCCAUCCUUUCUAAAAAUCAGUGUCUAGGGACCAGGUGAUCUGGGUGAGUUGUACACAUCCAUUGGACUUCUCAUAAAUAGCUUCGCGCAGUCAAGUUCUCAGUUUCCUGGUGACUAGCUUCCAUAUACAGAUGGCAUCCAUGUGGUCAGCCAGGAUGGGGACUUCACAAUCUUAGUCUCUCCAAUGUUUAACAUGCCUUUUAGUUUUCUUACAGAUCUACUUAUCUAUCCCCGUGUUAUUGGAAUAAUCGUGGUAUCUUAUAGCCUGAAUUCUGUGCUCAGCUAGUUAUUAACUCACUUUUUAGUUUUUAAAAGUAACAAAUCUAUUUAGUCCAGUACACAUACCCAGGAGAGAUUUAAAAAUCACUAGGAAGGUGGGGCUUACCACAUUUUGUUUAGAGCUAUUACCUAGUUUAUUUUUAAGCCUUGAGGAUGUGGAUACAUAAAAAUUUGUGUCAUAGACCGAAUAAUAAUUAAGAGAAGCACAAACACCCAAAGGUGUUUGGUCACAUAACCAGGUGGUCUUAACUCCGGAGAAGAAAACCAAUGUCAAGUAAUAGAGGAAAAAAUAGCAUUUAAUACAAGGAGAGAGCUGAGAUUUAGAAACUGAAUUUUUCCUCUUAUAAGGUUUUUGUGUCUUACACGGGUGCCUCACUCUUUUUUACAAAGGUUUCUUCCUUGUGCUAUUUCCUGUCUGUUCAUUUUUUAUUUUUCAUACUGUUCCCUUUCCCCUGUUUUCUCUAUGCUUCCUCCAUAUUGGAGAGGACAACUCUCCCUUCCAUAUAUGCGAGUUCUGGUUAAUACUCAUUCACAGAGUUGGCUUGAUUGCUUGGAAGUUAAAAAUGCUUUAUCCCAAAGCUUUUACUGAAGGGCUCUCCCUGAAAACUUAGAUGUUCCACUCUCUGUUGUAGUUAAACUUGCAUCGUUCAAUGCAGACUGAAUAAAAGGGAUGUAAAAUUAA